AUGAGAGACGAAUGGGAGGGGAAGGCCACUCCCAAUGGAGAGUUGGUGGUGGAGUAUGUCCUGACCUUCCGGGAACGACUUGCCGAGCUCAUGGGCCUGGCCAGGGAGAAUCUGGCCCGAGCCCAGAGGAAGCAGAAGAUCUGGUAUGACCGCACAGCACGGGCCUGCGCCUUCGCCACUGGGGAUCAGGUGAUGGUCCUCAUCCCCCAGCUCGGCAUCAGCCCCUUGCAUGUGACGCCGCCCAAAACAAUACAGCUGCAGCUUUCUAAGGGCCUGCACCAUGAGCCCCCUGAGGUGACCGUGUUCCCCGAAGACCCCGUGGAGCUGGGUGAGCCCAACGUCCUGAUCUGCUUCGUGGACAAGUUCUCCCCGCUGGUGCUCAGCGUGACGUUGCUGAAGAAGGGGCAGGAGGUGACCGAGGGCGUCUCCGAGACCGACUUCUACCCCCGCCCGGACGACUCCUUCUGCAAGUUCUCCUACCUGCCCUUCCUCCCCAGCCAGGGCGACUUCUACGACUGCCGGGUGGAGCACGGGGGGCUGCCCGAGCCCUUCACAAAGCACUGGGGUAAG